AUGUUUCCAUCCCCGCGAAAGAAGUUGCAGGGAAGAGGGGGGCUGCGGCGCGAGCAAAGUUCGGCAAGCGAAAGUUUCCCGACGAGUCGGAUUCGGUAACCGUUGCGCGACGAAACGACAUCACAGUAUCGCAACUUCUGCGGAUUACUUUCGGGACGUUAAAUAGUCCAGCGUCAGCAGCCUCUUUGGAAAAUUAGGUUGACGGUGCCACACUUGGGACCAAAUUUUAUUACCCCCUUUUAAAAAAAAAUUUUUUUAACCCCCAACACUUUCCAACACCGAAAGCCCAACUCAAGAACAAACUACAAAGAGGUAGCAGCCGGUGGACUUAAAAUUAUGCAAGUGCCCUCGCCCGUACCCAGAGUGUGGAAAUGAGCGCACGGCAGCGUUAACGUUUGUGUGCGCGCUCCUGCGUUACUUCGCCGAGGCGUUCGGAAGGGCUGGGACACUCCACGCGCUCACCGUCCAGCGGGGCAGCAGAGGCCUCUUGCAGGAGCUGUAGGGGCGGGCCGAGUGAGCGCCACGCCCACUGCUCCCGAAGAUGGCGACGCCGCGUUCACCCGUGGAGGCGGCCGAGGGCGGAGCCAGCAACGAGUUCAGCGACAUCAUCAGGUGGCGGUCAGAUGAACAUGACGCGGUUCAGAAAAAGACCUUCACAAAAUGGAUCAACGCACAGUUCUCCAAGAAGGGGAAGGCAACCAUAAAGGACAUGUUCUCAGACCUCAAAGAUGGGAGGAAGCUACUGGACCUGCUCGAAGGCCUCACAGGAUCCACCCUGACCAAAGAACGCGGCUCCACCAGAGUCCACGCCCUCAACAAUGUCAACAGAGUCCUCCAAGUGUUGCAGCAGAACAAUGUGGAGUUGGUCAAUAUUGGAGGGACAGACAUCGUUGAUGGAAAUCAUAAACUCACACUAGGGCUCAUAUGGAGUAUCAUCCUACACUGGCAGGUCAAGGACGUCAUGAAGGACGUGAUGUCCACUCUGCAGCAGACCAACAGUGAGAAGACCCUACUGAGCUGGGUGAGGCACUGCACCCGUAACUAUGACAACGUCAACGUGCUGAACUUCACAACCAGCUGGGCAGAUGGACUCGCCUUCAAUGCCAUACUACACCACUUCAGGCCGUAUGCGUUUAGCUGGGAGGAGGUACAGACUCUGUCUCCUGUGGAGAGACUGGACCACGCCUUUACCCUCGCCAAGAAGGAGCUGAACAUCGACAAACUGCUGGACCCUGAGGACGUGGCUGUUCAGCUGCCUGAUAAGAAGUCCAUCAUCAUGUAUGUGACCUCUCUGUUCGCUGUGCUGCCCCGUGACAUCACCAUGGACGACAUCAGAGAGGUCGAGACGCUGCCCCGGAAGUACAAGAUGGAGGACUGUCAGCCGGUCGGCUCGAAGGGAUUGGCCGGCGAGGCGGAGAGCGUUCUGUCGGGGGAAAGGGAGCAAGAGAUGGAUCUGGACUCCUACCAGGUGACCUUGGAGGAGGUGCUCACCUGGCUGCUGUCUGCCGAGGACACCCUGCACCUCCAGGGCGAGGUGUCCGACGACGUGGAGAAGGUGAAGGAGCAGUUCCACAUGCAUGAGGCAUUCAUGAUGGAGCUGACGGCACACCAGAGCAACGUGGGUAACGUUCUGCAGGCGGGAAACCAGCUGAUCUCCCAGGGCAACCUGAGUGAGGAGGAAGAGGAGGAGAUCCGCGUUCAGAUGGGCCUGCUGAACUCGCGGUGGGAGAACCUGCGUGUCGACAGCAUGGACCGCCAGGCCAGACUCCAUGAAGUUCUCAUGGACCUCCAGCAACAGCAACUCCAGCAGCUCUCCGAUUGGCUAAUGGAAACCGAGGGGCGGAUCCGAAAAAUGGAGACUGAGCCUAUUGCGGAAGACCUGGAAGGUUACCUGGACCAAAUAGAGCAGCACAAGGUGCUGCAGAACGACCUGGAGGCGGAGCAGGUGAAAGUGAACUCUCUGACCCACAUGGUGGUGGUAGUGGAUGAGAACAGCAGCGACAGCACCACCGCUGCUCUGGAGGACCAACUGCAGUCUCUGGGUGAGCGUUGGGCGGCGGUGUGUCGCUGGACAGAGGAGCGCUGGAGCAAGCUGGAGGAGAUCCUCCAGGUGUGGCAGCAGCUCCUGGAAGACCAGAGCCUGUUUGGCGCUUGGCUGGCGGAGAAGGAGCAGGCUCUGAGGGAGGUGCAGGAGUGCAGCUUCACGGAGCCCGGCGAGAUCAACAGUCACGUCCGCAGAUUAGCGAGUCUGAAGGAGGACAUGGCGCAGAAGCGGCGGGUUCUGGGUGCCCUGUCGGAGGCGGGGAACGACGUGGGCCUCCUGCUGAAGAGCGCAACCGCCAGCCGCCGUAUCCACAGAGACACAGAGGAGCUGACCCAGCGCUGGGACAACCUGGUGCAGAACCUGGAGGACUGCUCCAAUCAGGUUGCUCUCGCGGUGACUGUUGCUGGGAAGCCACAGGUGCAGGAGAGGGUCGUCAUGGAGACAGUCACCGCAGUGAAGGAGCGGUCUGAGCACACAGUUACCGGCAGAGACCAAGAGAUUCCUCUACCAGCCCCUCCAAAGAGACGUCACCUGGACGUGGAGACGGAACUCCGGAAACUUGUGGACACUGAGAUUCCUGAACUUUUGUCCUGGUUGGCCGCGCGGAAAACAGAAGCCGAGACCACCUCAGAAGACCUGACCCACCUGAAGCGAAAACUACAGGCCCUGGAGGGAGAGCUGGGAACCAAAGAGCAGCAGGUGACGGAGGUGACCGGUCGAGCUGAAAAGCUAACAGAGCAGCUAGUCCAAGACGGCGUCCCGCCGGGGGAGGUCCUGGCGCGGCUGGGCUCCCUCCGCUCCGAGUGGACAGGCUGUGGGCAGGCGGUCGGGCGCCUGAGGGGGCGUGUCCUGGCCCUGGAGCGUGGUGCCGCCCUCUCGGCCGAGCUGCAGGCGGUGGAGGAGGCCGUGGGCGAGGUGGAGUCGUGGCUGAGGCGCCCGCCCACCGACCGGCCCACCACGCACGCGCUCCGACGCGACUGCCAGGCUCAACAGGCAGCCCUGUUCUCUCUGUGCCCACGGCUGGAGGAGCUGUCUGCUCAGGCGUCAUCUCUGAGCGUGGAGACCAGCGCCCCCUGCAGGACACGCGUGGCUGCGCUGGCUGGUCGCCAUGCCUCCGCUGCCCAGCGGCUGAAGGGCGUAGAACAGGAGACAGACACGGCUCUGAGGAAGCUCCAGCAGGAUGAGGAGUGCGCUGGGGUUCGGGCUGAGCUCCAGGCCCGACUCUCCACCCUCAUGGCGGGCGUGUCCGACCUCCCCUCGGCCGAGGAGGCGGUGGGCGGAGCUCAGGCCCUGUGCGCGGAGAUGGCACGACAGCGGCAGGCCGUGUCGGACCCUGCCCAACUGCAGCUCUGGGACCAGCUCUUCACCACAGCCACAGACCAGCUUGGCAUGCUGCAGUGCAUUGUGGGUAGCCUGAAGGACACACAGGUCCGGGCUGAGGAGGUGACUCGCUGGCUGGAUGCCGUGGAUGAGCUGCUGUCGCGAGACUCCAGGGCCCUCGAAGACGCUGGCAAGCUACAAGAGGAGCUUAACCAGUACAAGGAGUGUGUAAGUGGGAUGGAGGCUGUGGAGUCCUCUCUCAAGCAGAUGGGGGAAAGCGUGUGCGCGGUUCAGCAGAGUGCAGUGCCAGGCCUGGCCACCUGGGGGCAGCAGGAGCAGGAAGAGAAGCAGAAACGUUGGGACGCGCUCAGCAAACAGCUGCUACAGCGGUGUGAGCAGCUGACCGAGAGCCAGGAGAGGAUGCUGAACCUGAGGAAGGACCUGGCCGAGAUGUGCGAGUGGAUGACGCAGGUGGACGAGGAGUUCCUCAUGAGGGACUUCGAGUACAAGAGCCCCGAGGAGCUGGACGAGGCCCUGCAGGAGAUGAAGAGGGCUAAAGAGGACGUGCUACAGAAGGAGGUGCGGGUGAAAAUUCUGAAGGACAAUAUUAAUGUGUUGUUGAGCAAAGCGCCCCCUGGUGGUCAGGAUCUGAGUGGUGAGCUGACGAGAGUGCUAAAGAACUACCACAAACUCUGUGAUCGCUUCAAGAGCAAGUGCCACACACUGGAGGAGGUGUGGUCAUGCUGGAUGGAGCUCCUGCAGUAUCUGGACGUGGAGUCCGGCUGGCUCAACAGCGUGGAGGAGAACCUGCUGGCCACCGAGGUGCUGCCGCAAAGCGCCGACGCUACCAGCCAAGCCCUGGAGUCUCUGGAGUCCAUCCUGCGUCACCCUGGCGAUAACAGGACGCAGAUCCGGGAGCUGGGCCAGACUCUCAUUGACGGGGGCGUCCUGGACGAGCUGAUCAGUGAGAAGCUGGAGAACUUCAACUCUCGCUACCAAGAGCUCAGCCAGCAGGCGCUAGCGCGUCAGUUGUCUCUGGAGCAGCAGUUGUCCUCCCAGCGUGAGGCAGAGAAGACGGUCCUCACACUGCAGGACUCUCUCAGUCAGCUGGACCACACCCUCACCGCCUACCUGACAGACCAUGUCGACGCCUUCCAGCUCCCGCAGGAGGCACAGGCAAUCCAGGCUGAGCUUGCGGCCCAUGAGGCCUCCCUGGAGGACCUGCGCAGGAGGCUGGCGGCCGGCGCGCCUGCUACCGCCCCCGACGGCAAACUGGCCAGCGGAGGCCCCACGCUGGACCAGCUGCAGAGGAAGCUGCGGGAGGUGAACACAAAGCUGCAGCUCUUCCAGAAGCCAGCCGACUUCGAGCAGCGCAUGCAGGAGUGCCGCAGGGUGCUAGAGGGGGCACGUGCCGACCUGCACGUGCUGGACCUCACCGACACGCAACCCCAGGAGAUCCAGGGCCACCUGGCCGCGUGCAUGAAGCUGUAUAAGGUGCUGAGUGAGGUGAAGCUAGAGGUGGAGACGGUGAUCAAGACGGGCCGACACAUCGUACAGAAGCAACAGACUGAGAACCCGAAGAGCAUGGACGAACAACUGACCUCCCUGAAACUGCUGUACAACGAACUGGGAGCACAGGUGACGGAGGGCAAGCAGGAGCUGGAGAAGGCCCUGGUGCUGUCGCAGAGACUGCAGAAGGACAGUGCCGCCCUGCAGGACUGGAUGAACGCCACAUGCGCCCAGCUGGAGCAGAAGGUCAACACGGGCGACAUGCCCGCGGACGUAGACGCAGAGAUUGCCUGGACCAACGGCCUGUUGAAGGAGAGCGACUCUAAGAAGGCAGAUCUGGCUAAAGUGACAGAGGACAGUGCCGCCCUGCAGGCACUGGUGGAGGGCAGCGAGUCUCAGCUGGAGGAGAAGCUGUUCAUCCUGAACGAGGGUUGGGAGCGCACGCGCACCCUCACCGAGGACUGGCUGAGCGCCGUGCUGAAUCAUCAGAGCGAGGUGGAGAUGUUUGAUGAACAUCUGGCUCACAUCAGCACGUGGCUCUACCAGACCGAGAUUCACCUGGAUGAGACCGAAAAGCUUCCUUCCGCUGAGAGAAAGAGAGUGGUGAAGACGAUGCUGAGCGAGUUGGAGGCGAUGAGCGUGCGGGUGGAUGGCGCCCGUGAUCAGGCGGUUGUCCUCAUGACCAUCAGAGGGCCUGCGUGCAGGGAGGUGGUGGAGCCCAAACUAGCCGACCUCAACCGCACGUUCCACAAGGUGGCGCAACACAUUAAAACCGUCCAGCACACCGUGGACCUGGAGCCGAGCGAGGGGAAGGCGCCACGCCACCAGAUGGCGCUGCGGGAGGCAGACCCUACUCCUCUCGCCCCCGCUGAGCUGCGGGCGUUUGAGGCAUCGCUAGGGGCUGCUCUCAGCAGCCUGGAGCAGCGGGACCCCACGCACACACCGGACGAUGAGGAGGUGGAUGAGGAGAAGGCGCAUAUUGAGGAGGUGAUGAGGAGAGGAGAGGAGGUGCUACUGUCUGCCCCUGCGGAGAGCAGAGAGGAGAUUCGAAGGAAACUGCUAUUGCUGCAGACCCACUACAAGGAACUGUACCUCACCCCGAGUCGCCGGGUCCCGGCGCUGGCCUCCUCCACCCCCUGCUGGGAGGAGCGGGGCGUGGCCCCCUCCACCUCCACCUACCUGCUGGAGGUGAACAAGGCCCUGCUGGCCAUGGCGGACAGCGAGCUGCUCCUCAACUCCUCGGAGCUGAGCGGCGGCCUUUUCGAGGACUUCUCCGGCCAGGAGGACACGCUGCAGAGCAUCAAGCAGACUUUGGAGCACGUGGGCGAGCAGGUGACGCUGUUAAACGAGUGUCAGCCCGACGCGAUCCAGAGGGCCUCCGGGCAGGAGGCGGCGGAGAUCGGCAACGCCCUGACGCAGCUCAAUGCCGAGUGGGACCGGCUCAACCGCGUGUACGGCCAGCGCAAAGGGUCGUUUGACCGUGCCAUGGAAGAGUGGCGGCACUUCCACUGUGACCUGAGCGACCUGUCUCAGUGGCUGAGCGAGGCGGAGCGAGCCCUGGCCGACCCCAGUGGCCGACCUGACGGACAGCUGGACCUGGAGCGGGCCCGUGCUCAGCAGGAGGAACUGGAGCAGGGCCUGGAGACUCAGCAGGCCGUCCUGACUGCACUCACCCAGACAGGACAGCACAUUGUCGGGCAGCUGUCCUCCCCGGACGGUCCCCUCCUCCAGGACAAGCUGGAUGGCCUGACGCAGCGCUGGGCCAUUAUCCACAGCCAGCUCGCCGAGCGCCACCUCAGGUUAAUGGCUGCUGACCCGGCCGUGUUAGAGGUUGCCCAGCGCAGUACCGACCUGGCUGAUUGGUUAGACCAGGCUGAGGUCGCAGUGGAGACUCUACCUGUGUCUGCCACUGACACGAACUUCAGGGAGCUAAAGGCUCUGGCAGAAGAGUUGGAUCAGCAGAAUGAGAGCUUGACCUGGUUAAACAGACAUGGCGCUCAGGUUCUGGCCAGCUCCCGCCUGAGCGCGCGGGACAGAGACGCGCACACCUCUAAACUGCGCCAGAUCAACAUCAAGUGGAGCAAAGUGACCCGCGAGUUGCUGGACAAGGUGGGCGAGGUGGAGGCCAGACUGCAGCCGGACAUCCAGUUUCAGGAGCGGAUGACGCGGCUGGGCGACUGGGUCGACCACACCCACCAGUCCUCGGACCGCCAGGGGACCGGCGCCGACCUGCAGGCCCUGGAUACCAAACUGAAAGAAACAGCAGAAGUAGCCGUGUUGCCGUGGCCUCACCAGCUCACCGCUGCGGUAUCUCCAGUGGUGUGUGAGACUCCGAGGCCAACAGCACUGGCAGAGGACUCUCUCAGCGCCGAGCGCACGCGCGAUCGGGUCACGGAGCUGGCCGAGUGGCUCCAGCUCAUACAGCAGAUGGUCAAGUCCAGCAUAGUUACCGUGGGCGACACCGACGAGAUCCGGACCACUAUUGGCCGCCUGGAGGUAACAAAAGCUGAUCUGGAGCAGAGACAUGCGCAGCUGGAGGAAAUUUUCACUCUGGCUCAGAACAUCAAGAAUAAAACACCUGACCUGGACGUGCGCGCCUCCAUCACAGAGAAACUGGAGCAAGUGCGCAGCCAAUGGGAUAGCACGCAGAGCGCCGUGGAGAUGCGUCUGCUGCAGCUCGAGCGCAUGAUUGCCCACAGCGACCAGUGGCAGGACCAGAGAAGCCAGGUGAAGGCUCUGAUAGGCCAGAACGAGGCCCAUUUGCAUAACCUGCUGCAGAAGAGCCGAGACCCACUGACCAAACAGAUCGGGGAAAACAAGGCCUUCCUCCAAGACGUGGGGCGAGAGCAGGUAACCGUGGCGACCUUUAACGAGCUCUGCAAUCAGCUUCUGGAGGACUACUCCGCCGAUGAUACGCGCAGGGUCAAGGAGGUCAUGGACAAACACCUCACAGCCUGGAACUCCAUCAACCACAGGGCGUCGGACUGGCAGGCGGCACUAGAUGCCCAGCUGAAGAGCCUGCAGGAUUCCCUCCGGGAACUCGAGUCCUUCCUCAAGUGGCUGCAGGAGGCGGAGACGACCGUCAACGUGCUGGCCGAUGCCGCCCAGAGGGAGGAGCUCUCUCAGGACGCCGCCCACCUCCGGGACCUGAAGGGUCAACUAGAGGACAUCCAGGCGGAGAUCGACGCCCACAGUGAUGUGUUUAGGAGUGUGGACGGCACUAAGGGCUGUAUGGUGAAGGCUCUAGGCAGCUCAGAGGAGGCCGUGUUUCUCCAGCAGAGGCUGGAUGACAUGAACCAGCGCUGGAACGAGCUGAAGGCCAAAUCCGCCAACAUACGGGCUCAUUUGGAGGUGCGGGCGGAACGCUGGAGCAGGCUGCUCUCCGUGUUGGAAGAGCUGUGGAGGUGGAUCUGUCUGAAGGAUGAUGAGCUCAGCACGCAGAUGCCAAUAGGAGGAGACGUGCCUACAUUACUGCAGCAGCACGACCACAGCUUGGCCCUGAGGGCGGAGCUAAAGGAGAAGGAGCCCACGGUGGUGAGCACGCUGGAUCAGGCACGCCUGUUCCUGGCUGACCAGCCGAUCGAAGGGCCGGAGGAGCCACGCAAGAACCUGCAGCCAAAAACUGAGCUGUCUCCAGAGGAGAAGGCCCAGCAGGUGUCGCGGGCGAUCCGGAAGCAGUCGGCGGAGGUGCGCGAGCGCUGGGAGCGGCUGCAGGGCCACGCCGGGGCCUGGCAGAAGCGGGUGGAGCGCGCCCUGGAGAAGCUGCAAGACCUCCAGAGCUCCAUGGACCAGCUGGAUAUGCACCUGGCCCAUCCGGAGGAGGCGCGCGCCCGCUGGCAGCCUGUCGGGGACCUCCUCAUCGACUCACUGCAGGACCACAUCGACAGAACCACGGCGUUCCGGGACGAAGUGGCCCCCCUGAAGCAGGACGUGCUGAUGCUGAACACCUUGGCCAGUGACCUCACCCCUCUGGAUUUGCAGCUCUCCUCCACGGUCAGCAGACAGCUGGACACGCUGAACACCCGCCUCAGCGUGCUGCAGGAAGCAGUCGAGGAGAGACUGAAGCUGUUACAGGAAGCACACCGAGACUUUGGACCAUCUUCACAGCACUUCCUCUCCACUUCAGUCCAGUUGCCCUGGCAGAGAGCAGUAUCCCAGAAUAAAGUGCCCUACUACAUCAACCACCAGACUCAGACGACUUGCUGGGAUCAUCCUAAAAUGACUGAACUCUACCAUUCUCUCGCUGACCUCAACCACGUGCGGUUCUCGGCGUACAGAACAGCCAUGAAGAUCCGUAGGCUGCAGAAAGCCCUAUGCUUGGAUCUGCUGGACCUGUCUGUAGCCCAGUCCACGUUCGAGCAGCACACGCUGACCCAGAAUUCCGCACAGCUCUCUGUGCCAGAGGUCAUCAACUGUCUGACCUCCGUGUAUGACGACCUGGAGCAGGAACAUAAAGACCUGGUCAACGUGCCACUCUGUGUCGACAUGAGCCUCAACUGGCUUCUCAACGUCUAUGACACGGGCCGCAGUGGGAAGAUCCGGGUCCUGUCGCUGAAGAUCGGUCUGCUCUCGCUCUGCAAAGGUCACCUGGAGGAGAAGUACAAGUGCUUGUUUAAUCAGGUCUCCUCUGUUGGUGAUACGUGUGAUCAGAGGCAGCUCGGUCUUCUCCUACACGACGCCAUCCAGAUCCCUCGGCAGCUCGGAGAGGUCGCCGCCUUCGGAGGGAGCAACAUCGAGCCCAGCGUCCGGAGCUGCUUCCAGCACGUGUCCAAUAAGGUGGAGCUGAGCCCGGGGCAGUUUAUUGACUGGAUGAGGCUGGAGCCGCAGUCCAUGGUGUGGCUUCCUGUCCUGCACAGGGUGGCAGCAGCAGAGACAGCAAAGCACCAGGCCAAGUGUAACAUCUGUAAAGAGUGUCCCAUAGUGGGCUUUAGGUAUCGUAGUUUGAAGCACUUUAACUAUGACGUGUGCCAGAGUUGCUUUUUCUCAGGCCGUACGGCGAAGGGCCACAAGCUAAACUACCCCAUGGUGGAGUACUGCACCCCUACUACCUCAGGGGAAGACAUGCGGGACUUCACCAAAGUCCUGAAGAACAAGUUCCGCUCCAAGAAGUACUUCGCCAAACACCCACGCCUGGGCUACCUGCCCGUGCAGACCGUGCUGGAGGGGGACAACAUGGAGACCCCGGUCACUCUGAUCAGCAUGUGUCCGGAGCAGUAUGAGCUCUCCCAGUCACCCCAGCUCCCUCACGACGACACACACUCAAGGAUAGGGCAGUACGCAAGCAGACUGGCUCAGAUGGAGCGCUCUAAUGGUUCUCUGCCUACAGAUAGUAGCUCCGCUACCGGAAGCAUGGAUGAAGAGCAUGCUUUGAUCCUGCAGUACUGCCAGACUCUGGGAGGGGCGGAGGCGGCAUCCCAUAGCCACACCCAGAGCCCUGCCCACAUGCCCCGAUCCCCCGCCCCCAAUCUGCAUAGCCCCGGCCAGCUCUUGCAGAGCCCCGCCCAGAUCCUGCAGGCCGUCGAAAGGGAGGAGCAAGGGGAGCUGGAGCGGGUCAUUGCCCGCCUGGAAGACGAGCAGCGGUCACUGCAGAGGGAGUAUGAGCAGCUCCAGGAACAGCACAGGCAGCGCGGCAUGGUGGGCGUGGCUGGCCCGGACGAGGCGGACCUGCUGGCGGAGGCCAAACUGCUGCGGCAGCACAAAGGUCGUCUGGAGGCUCGCAUGCAGAUCCUGGAGGAUCACAACAGGCAGCUAGAGUCCCAGCUCUACCGGCUCAGACAGCUCCUGCACCAGCCUGAGCUGGACUCUACAGUUAAUGGACUCUCCUCUGCUGGCUCUCUGAACCAGGAGCCAGAUGGCCAUUCGGAUCGAACAGACGAGUUGCUGGAUCAGUCCUAUAGCCACAGCUCUGAUAUGACUGGCCUUACGGAGCAGACUAAUAACACCUUUCCCACAUGUGCUCUAUCAAGUCUGGCUUCAAAGUCACAGGCCAUGUGAGGGCUGUUAACGAUGUCUUGGAGGACACAUGGCCUUUGGUGGUGCGACAACUUCCCUGGAAGAUGGCGCGCGCUCUCCGUCAUGGGGGGCGUGGUGGAACCCCUGGCUUCGGACACGGAUGGUCUGGGUUCAACAUUCCUUUGUUAGAGCUGACGAAGCCCCUGGGCCCGAAGACGCCCCUGCAGCUCUCCGUCCCGAACACCCCACCACACCCCCCUUCUGUUGCUCCAUCUGUCUGUACUAUGCAACUGUAAAUUUCAUGAACUUAAAAAUUGUACCUAACGUGGGCUUGCCCGUGAUUUGUAUGAAUAUGCAGAUGAUAUAAUUUAGGGUAAUGUGGGGACUUUGUACCGUAUAACCUGUAAGCUUCUAUUUUUGUGUGCUCUCCGUUGAGCCACGCGUUCCAUUUCUCGGACCCUGAUUCCUGUGCGAUCUGCCCCUACCUACCCCCCAGUGUCUGCUCCCAGCACACGCCACAUCACAGCUCACGCGACCAGGGCUUUGCUCCUGUAAAGCUCCACAUGUAAAUGGAGACGAAGACCAAUUGUGUUUUGACCGCCCUGUUCUAAAUCGCCUGAUGAAAAACGCAUGUCGCUCCGAGCACGCAUUCGUCUGGUUCAUUUCGCCCACUGCAGAAGAGGGCGCAGACCAUGGGGGACGCCUGCGAAAUGCAGAGACGGAAGGAACGCAUCGAUGGUUUGCCGGAGGUUAGGCCCUAAAGAGGAUUUUUAUUAUCCGGGUAGAGUAGUUUUGUAAUCUGUUUUAAAUCAUAAGAAAGCCAUGAUUGCCUUGCUACCUCAGAGUCGACAGCAUUCUUUUCCACGACCUGUACCGUGUUUGUUUUGAAAUCUGAUCAGUCACGUAAUCAGCAAAAGCCACAAAAGAAUAUGCUAAAAAAAAAAAAGAGAGAGAGAAAUAAGAAUUUUAAAUAAAUCCACUUGAGGUCAGGGAUGAAGAAUGCGAGAAACUUUGAAGCGUUGAAAAUACACCCCCCCCCCCCCCCCCAAAAAAAAAGUCCCACGAAAACUACCGACGCGCCUAAAUGAGCAGUAAACCGGCUUGCGUGGUCUUGAUCCUUCCACCCUGGUGUAUAGUCCUUUUAGUUUACCGUCGCUCACCUGUCCGCGUGGCGUUCAUUGUGCUCUGCUGUGUGCGGGGAAGCGUUGCGUGUCUAACACUACUGUAACUGCUCGGAGGGGACCCGGAGCUGUACGAUCUCUCUCAGAACCCGGAGCUGCUGUCAGCAUUGGCGUUUCGCACGUCUUCGUGCAGAACAUGAGGAUCUGUUAGAAGCGGCUGGUCCCAGGUCAGCGUCUUAGUACAUAACAGGCCCCGAUGCCGGUUUUUGUGAUGUUUCACGUCCACUGAGCUGUGUUGUUCUUACCAGUUAGAUAGUAUAGACUGACCACACUACAUGUAAUAUGGCUACAUAUGUUUUAUUCUAAAUAAAAAAUUUUAUAACGAGCA